AUGGGGGCAUUGUCUCUUCUUACUGGCUUCGUUGUGCGCACACGGACCACUAGUGGGAGCUGGCUGGGCUACGUGUCCAGAUCAGACCCUCGUGGAGCAUUACCAGCUUGGUUGGUCAACAGGGUGACGGCGCAGCUGGCUCCACGCCUUGUUCACCAACUGCAUGCUGCAGCACGGCGAUAUCCUGGUUGGAAGGCUCUGACAGAUCUACCCUACCAUAAGCCCUGGAGGCACCCUGAGCAAGUGCCAUCGUAUAGGAUUUCAUUAGCCGAUUGCAUAGACCCUGACGCACCGCCUCCUCCGGAGGAACCGAAACCGGACACCUCUAAAAAUAAGCUAGUAGUGCCGUCAACAAGAGAAAUUGAAAGCCACAGCGUUGAAGAUCUUGGAGACAUAUCAUCAGAAUUCAGCGUAGAAGUAGAAGAGGAACUGCCAGAUUUAACCCAAGACCCAACUAAGAAAAAAGGCAAAUUCUAUAAACUCGUUAAGUCAAUGAAAAAUAGAAGAAAAAGCGUACAAGUUGCUAAGAGUGCUGAUAAUCUUGUUGACAGUAAACCCCUAGAAGAUAAACAGGAGAAAAAGAAAGGUUUUAAAUUUCAUCGCAGAUUUAGUCUCAGUAGAGGUAGAGAGGAUUGACCAUAUUUUAUUGAUUGAUCCAAAAACACAAUAUCAAACUGAUACACUCCAUAUCAUAUAUGUAGUUAAAAAUUUUUGUUAAAACCUAUUUAUUUAUAUUAAAAACAAAUUUUAACCGUUAGACUGACACGUUCUUUGAAAUGAAAAACAUAUUUUAACAAAAAAGGAUAUAAAAAAUUUGGUACCUUAAAUACAUAGCAAUAUAAGAAAAAACAGUUUAUACGAGUAUUUCAGUAAAUUAUUAAAUAGGAAAUAUCACUGACGAAAACUAUCAUUUCACGGACAUUCUACAAUUCCAACUCAGUUAUAUAUAUUCUAAAUAAGUAUAAUAUGUACUCAAUGUAUCUUUGUUGUUUGAAAAUAUUUACAUAUCUUACACAAACGCACAUGUAAGUUUGAUGGAGGUUAAGAUUAGAUAAUUGCUAUGGCUCGCCUGAAUCUUUCUUCUAG